CUCGGGUGCAAUCCGUACUCUCAGUGGGUUCCCUUUUAGUGGGUUCCCUUGUCCCCAGGCCCAUUAUUCUGUCCUCCUCUUUUCCCUUAUGUCUUUUGGCGCGGUCUCCCGGCUCUGCGGGUCCAGGGCUCCGGAUGAGGUCUCCCGCCGUCCCGACCCCGGCAAGGGGCCAGCUUGGUGUCGCCUUCGUUCUUCUGCCACCCCGUUUGGAAGGUGCUCGGGUCUUCGGGGCGCUGGGUCCCAUCAGUCCCUCCUCACCUGGGCUCACCCUCGGGGGUCUGGCCGUGAGCGAGCACCGACUCAGCAACAAGCUGUUGGCCUGGAGCGGCGUCCUUGAGUGGCAGGAGAAGCGCAGACCCUACUCUGACUCCACUGCAAAGCUGAAGCGGACCCUGCCCUGCCAAGCCUAUGUGAACCAAGGCGAGAACCUGGAGACCGACCAGUGGCCGCAGAAGCUGAUCAUGCAGCUGAUUCCGCAGCAGCUGCUGACCACUUUGGGGCCCCUGUUCCGGAACUCCCAGUUGGCACAGUUCCACUUCACCAACAGAGACUGCGACUCGCUCAAGGGACUCUGCCGCAUCAUGGGCAACGGCUUUGCGGGUUGCAUGCUGUUCCCCCACAUCUCGCCCUGUGAGGUGCGCGUGCUCAUGCUCCUGUACUCGUCCAAGAAGAAGAUCUUCAUGGGCCUCAUCCCCUACGACCAGAGCGGCUUCGUCAGCGCCAUCCGGCAGGUCAUCACCACCCGCAAGCAGGCAGUGGGACCUGGUGGUGUCAACUCAGGCCCAGUCCAGAUCGUCAACAACAAGUUUCUGGCAUGGAGCGGCGUCAUGGAGUGGCAGGAGCCCAGGCCUGAGCCCAACAGUCGGUCCAAGAGGUGGCUGCCGUCCCACGUCUACGUGAACCAGGGGGAGAUCCUGAGGACCGAGCAGUGGCCAAGGAAGCUGUACAUGCAGCUCAUCCCGCAGCAGCUGCUGACCACCUUGGUGCCGCUGUUUCGGAACUCGCGCCUGGUCCAGUUCCACUUCACCAAGGACCUGGAGACACUGAAGAGCCUGUGCCGGAUCAUGGACAACGGCUUCGCUGGCUGCGUGCACUUUUCCUACAAAGCAUCGUGUGAGAUCCGCGUGCUUAUGCUCCUGUAUUCUUCGGAGAAGAAAAUCUUCAUCGGCCUCAUCCCCCACGACCAGGGCAACUUUGUCAACGGCAUCCGGCGUGUCAUUGCCAACCAGCAGCAGGUCCUGCAGCGGAACCUGGAGCAGGAGCAGCAGCAACGAGGGAUGGGGGGGUAGUGGCCACCCCGGGCUGGGCCCCUCCAGAGUCACAGAUGAGGCCCCGGCAGAGACUGGUGAGUGGUGACCCUGUCAUGUACAGGAGGGACCCUGGGGCAUGGGGGGGGGGGCGCGUGGGUGCGGUUGGGAAAGAAGCAGGGCGACCUUGGCCUUGGGGCGACCAGAGCAGAGGGAGAGGCGGCAGUCCUGGCAGUCCUAGGCUAUCUGGGAAACUGUAUCCCGGCUGCAGGGCCAUGGGAGGUGCAGUGUCCAGGCCUGGGUGGGGCCGGGCCUCUGCCCACAGGGAUGUUGGUCAGUGCUUGGGAGCUUGUGGCCAGCAGCCCCCACUGCACCCCUGCCCCCAGGUGACAUGCUUCUGAACAGGGGCCCCUGGGGACUUCAACUGCCCAGCAACAUGGAGGAUGGUGUCCUGAGGCCUCCAAGGAUGGUCCCCACCCCUCUACGUUUCCCUAAUAAAGCCUUUUAAAAACCUG